AUGGUUACUGCCGCAUCCCACCCUCUUGACCCUCUCUCCUCCGACGAGGUCCGCCAGGCCGCGCGGGCCCUCGUCAGCCACCUCCGCGUCGCGAAACCAGACAUCCGUUUCAAAGUCAUAGAUCUCUAUGAGCCCGCCAAGGACGAAGUCCUGGCUUACCUCCACCAUGGCCGUCAACGGCCCGACCGUCGCGCCAGGGUCUACUAUCAGCUCAGAAACACGUCAACGCUUGUAAGUGCUGUCGUCAACAUAAAUAGUGCCACCGUUGAGCGGACAGAGGGCCGCCCAGACUCCCAGGGCCCCGUCGACUGGGUCGAGUACGAGCAGGUUACCAAUCUCUGCAAUGAGCACCCGGAGGUACUCGCUGAGAUCCAGAAGCUCAAGCUUCCUCCAGGAACUCAAGUCUUGAACGAUCCUUGGGCGUAUGGCACGGACGACGCAAACGAGAGGAGACGCCUCUUCCAGUGUUAUAUGUACAUUGCCUUGAACGAUGACCCGGAAGCCAACCAUUACUCGAUUCCUUUGCCACUUGCUCCCAUCUUCGACGUCCACACCCUGGAGCUGGUACGCCUCGAGAAACUUCCCAUGGGUGUGGACGCCGACGUGGAUGAGGAGACCCAGCCAUGGACUCCGGUCAAGCCUGUCGAAUACAGCGCAAAGUUACUCGGAGCCGACGGUCUCCGCAAGGAUCUCAAGCCCUUACAGGUCGUCCAGCCAGAGGGUCCCUCAUUCACCAUCAACGAGCGCGCCGUCUCGUGGCAGAAGUGGACUUUCCAGCUCGGCUGGAGCCUGCGCGAGGGGCCCAUCCUCCACGACGUCCGCUACGAUGGCCGUCCGCUGUUCUACCGCGUGUCCAUGAGCGAGAUGACGGUCCCGUACGGUGACCCUCGCUCGCCCUACCACCGCAAGCAGGCCUUCGACCUGGGCGACUCGGGCUUCGGCCUGACCUCCAACAGCCUGGCCCUUGGCUGCGACUGCCUGGGCCUGAUCGCCUAUUUCGACGGCGUCCGUGUCGCUGCCGACGGCACGCCCGUGGUCAUGCCCAACGUGGUGUGCAUGCACGAGCAGGACGACGGAAUCGGCUGGAAGCACACCAACUUCCGCAACCGCAUGUCCUCUGUCGUGCGGGACCGUAAGUUGGUUAUCCAGUGCACAUCCACGGUGGCCAACUACGAGUACAUCCUGGCCUUCGUGCUCGACCAGGCCGCGAACCUGCACAUCGAGGUCCGCGCCACGGGCAUCCUGUCCACCAUGCCCAUCCGGCCGGACCUGAAGCGCGUCCCAUGGGGCACCGUCGUCGCCCCCGGCGUCCUGGCCGUGAACCACCAGCACCUCUUCUGCGUGCGAGUGGACCCCAUCCUGGACGGCGACACCAAGAACACCAUCGUCUACGACGACGCCGUCCCCGUGCGCGACGACCCAGACCUCGACCCCUUCGGCUGCGCGUUCCGCGUCCAGACGACACCCAUCACGAGGCCCGGCGGCUACGACCUCGACCUGGCCAAAGGCAGGGUGUACAAGAUCCUCAACACGUCCAGGACCAACGCCGUCUCGGGCAAGCCCCUGGGGUACAAGCUGCACGCGGAGCCCAGCCAGAUGCCCAUGAUGGGGCCCGAGACUUUUAACUACCGGCGGGGGCUCUUCGCCAGCAGGCCGGUCUGGGUCACCCGCUACCGCGACCACGAGCUCUGGGCCGCGGGCGAGUUCACCAACCAGAGCAGGGAGGACACCGGCCUCGGCGAGUGGGCCUCGCGCGAUGAGAACACCGAGGACGAAGAUGUUGUUCUCUGGCAUUCGUUUGGUCUCACGCACGUCACGCGACCUGAAGAUUUCCCUGUCAUGCCGAACGAGAAGCUCUCGUGCACGCUCAAGCCAACAAGCUUCUUUGACCUGAACCCGUCCAACGACGUGCCGCGCUCCGAUCAGAGGCGCAACAAGUCCCAGCUACACCAGCAGGCCGCGAGCUCUCCUGCCUCGUGCCACGACCCCAAGCCAUCCCUAUAG